AUGACCAACACAUCGUGGCAAGAGAAAGCUGCUCUCAAGGCUGCCCAAGCCGCAGAGAAAAUCCCAGAGCAGUGGAGAUUAUCGCCUGAUUUUCUAUCGUCUUCCAUGGAUGCUACUUCUCGAGUGCUAGACAUCCCUGCCAAGUGUGGGAUCUUGACCGAGAAAGAGAUCAGCAUCACCGAGAACUAUGACGCCACUGCGUUGCUUGAGAAGCUAGCUUCUCGUGAACUCAGCUCGGUCGAGGUCACCACGGCAUUUUCCAAGCGUGCCGCCAUCGCCCAGCAGUUGACAAGCUGCUUGACCGAGACCUUUUUCGAGAUGGCCCUCAGCAGGGCCCAGCAACUAGACGACUACUUGGCGGAAACAGGCAAAACAGUUGGACCACUGCAUGGUCUUCCAGUCAGCCUCAAGGAGUCCUUCAGCGUUACCGGAAUUCAUACGUCUCUUGGGAUCGUCUCGUUCUUGGACCGACCACCCAAGUCAGAGAAUUCCGCCUUGGUUGAUGUUCUUCUUGCUGCCGGUGCUGUUCUUUAUGUGAAGACAAACAUCCCACAGACGAUGAUGUCGGCAGACUCGCACAAUCAUAUCUUCGGCCGUGUCCUCAACCCCUAUCGGUUGAAUCUGACAGCUGGUGGAAGUAGUGGAGGUGAAGGGGCGUUGAUAGCGAUGCGAGGGUCCGUUCUAGGCAUCGGAACGGAUGUUGGAGGAUCUAUCCGAAUCCCAGCUCUCUGUUGCGGUGUGUUUGGCUUCAAACCAUCUGCCAGUAGAGUGCCUUAUGGUGGACAAACAGCGGCUGUUCGUCCCGGAAUGCCAGGCAUUCUUCCUGUGGCCGGUCCUCUAUGCCACUCAACGAGAGACGCAGAGCUUCUUCUGAAGACGGUGUUUAACUCAAAUGCUGCCGAUCUCGAUGAAACUGUGUUGGGGGUUCCAUGGAUAAUUCCUCAACAAAGGCCAAUUCUCACGAUUGGCAUCAUGCCCGAGGAUCCACUGCGUCCUUUGCACCCUCCAAUGCAGCGCACCAUAAAGACUGUGUCAAGCAAGCUCGAAGCUUGCGGUCAUCGCAUCAUCGAUCUAUCGAGUCAAAUACCAUCACUGUCUGAGGUGGCGGAUUUGUCUCUGCAAUAUUUCAGGAUCGAUCCGGACCAAGUCGUCAUAGAGAACGUUACAAAAAGUGGCGAGCCUUGCAUUCCCUCGUUGAAGCACGUUUAUGACCCGGAAGACACCGGUCCAGAGCCACACCUGCGUGAGCUUUUUGAAAUGAACAUUACUCGAGCUAAGCUGCUCUCGCAAAUGCGGCGGGCUUUCGUCGACAAUAAUGUGGAUCUUAUUCUGGGAGCAGGCUACCAGAGCCCUGCAGUUCCGCACGAUGAAUAUGGUUUACCCGUAUACACAGUCAUCGGCAACCUCAUGAACAACCCCGCUUGUAUCCUUCCAUAUGCCUAUGCAGAUGAAGGCGCAGAUGCGGAUUUUGUUCGAGACGUGGUUUACAAGCCCGAAUACCGUCCAAAAGAGGUUGAAGGCGCACCAUGCCAUAUUCAGCUGAUCGGCAGGCCAAUGAAAGAUGAGCAACUUCUUCAAGAUGCAGCGGUUGUAGAGAAGGCUCUGAAGCGGUAG